AUGGGUGUUUUUGAAGAAGCAAAAAUUCGCCUCUCGGACAUUCAGAAACGAAUUAUGCGAGUACGAGACGCUGGAGAUGCGCUAAACAAGAUACCGGUCACCAGGUCGGACAAAACCAAGUUUCGAAUGAUGUAUGCCACCGUUCCGCGGAUUAAGGAGGAAUUCGAGGAACAGCUGUCGGUUGUAAUAAAACAACUCGGGAAACCGGAAAAAGACCAAAAGUCCGAAGUAGAUAUCACUUCACCUGAGGACAUUCGUGAUAAGUUUGACGAAGUGUAUUUUGAAGUGAUGAUUGCGGCAGAUGAGCAUAUACCAGUUUUACUUCAACAUCCGAAUGCCGACGAAACCUUUAUCAGUACAUCUCAAAACCGAGAUAGACGCGAUGUGAUACCACUGGAAAAGCUAUCAAUACCGAGGUUUGGAGGAGAUCCGAAACAAUUUACCAGUUUUAGAAAUUUGUUUGACAUUGCGGUACACAACAAUACUAACCUGCCACCUGUUCUUAAGUUCAGCUAUUUAAAAAGUUACCUGGAAGGCGAGCCGUUAGCGCUUAUAUCCAAUUUGAUGCUAAGUGACGAUAACUACACUCUAGCGCUAACAGUUUUGGACAAACGCUAUGCAAACCGUCGGAUAAUUGCACAGAGUCACUUGAACCAACUUUGGACGAUGCCAAAAGCAAUGUUCGGUGAUGCUAAAUCUUUGCGCCAGAUGCUGAACACGAUCACGGAGUCGGUUGGAGCGCUCGCAAACCAAAAUUACUCCGUGGAUCAAUGGGACCCAAUCUUGCUACAUUUAUUUGAAUUAAAGUUGGACUCUCAACUUCGUGCUCAAUGGGAAUUAAUAGUAGAUACCGCGGAUGAUCCAAGUAUGAACAACUUUACCAUGUUCUUAUCAAAAUUUUGCAAUGCUGCUAUCGCUGGCCAAUCUGGCAAAGAACAGGAAAAACCAAAUAAAAAACCAUAUGGGAAAACUGUCACGUUGCAUGCCGGAAAGCCAGACUCACGUGAGAAUAGAAGGCAAUUCACCUGUCAGGUCUGCAAUACAACACCUGGUCACCUGUUGAUUGCUUGCACGGUAUUCAAAGAGAAAACACCAAAGGAUCGGUACCAAAUAAUUAAAGACCUUAGGCGUUGUUUCUUGUGUUUUAGCGAGCACCCAGUGAGUCAGUGUAAACACACCCGAGUAUGUUUGAAAUGCAAGGGGCGACAUCAUUCCCUAUUGCAUUUUGAAAAUACCUCAGACGCUCAACCAACGACCAUAGUGAAUACCACGGAACCCCAACCCACUACCACCGUGAAUAGUAUGUUUUCAUACGACAAGAGGGUCAACAUCUGUGUACUUAUGUCUACGAUGGCUGUAUUAGUACAGGAUAGUAGUGGACAAUAUCAAGAGGCGCGAGCGCUUUUAGACAGCGGCAGUCAAAGCAGUUUCCUCACUGAACAUUGUCGUAACAGGUUAGGGGUGACACGGGAUAAAUGCAGUGUAGCUGUGCAAGCUAUGGCCGGCCUACAGGUACCGCCGAUAAAAGCACGUACUCAAAUUAUCAUUAGACCCGUACGGCGUGACACGCCUCUCUUCACAGUUGAGACUUUCAUACUACCUCGCAUCACCGGACUCAUUCCGUCGGAACGCGUCGUGAAGACUGAGUGGGCGCAUGUGCAGGGUCUGGACCUAGCCGAUCCCCGAUAUGACGAACCACUACCGAUAGACAUUCUCCUUGGAGCGGAUGUUUUUUCUUAUAUCAUAAGUGGAGAUCGACGAGAAGGUACCGUCAAUCAACCUGUGGCGCUUAAAACCGUUUUGGAUGGGUGCUCAUGGGACGGUCAACCCCAAAUCCGUCAAAUAGUACGACUUCACUUUUCGCAUCCAUAG